ACUUUUAAGUCAUUCGUUAUAUUGACUCUGCUAUGUAUCUGGGUUUUAUUUACUAUGGAGUUUUAGUAUAUUUGUAUGAACUUCUUUGAUGUAUGAUCAACAAUAUAGUAUAGGCAGGAGUUACUUUGAGAGGGAAAAUGAUUAAAUUUCAAAAACAUUGAAAGAUAAUUAUUGGAUUAAAACUUCUAGACCUAUAUAUAAACUGAAAUGAAAGUCAGCAAGGAAAUGGAUGUCAAACAAGAGGAGAAAACUGAUAAAACUGACAAUGUGGACGAUAAUGCUAAGACUGUUGGUGAAGAACCACAUAACGAUAAGUCAGACGAAAUAAACAAAAAAAUGACAGUUGAUAGUAGCGGUAAACUAGUGACUAAAAUAAAUAUUCCAAUGCUUGAAGAAGAUUUAGGAAUUUAUGACGAUCCAGGUGAAUGUGAUGGACUAUCCGAUACAGACAUGGUGGAAUUAGAUCGCCGCGUAAAUGAGAUGGAAAAAGCUCCAAGAAAUAAAACACCUCAGGAAGAAAAGUCAGAACCUACACCAGUUCCAAUAUUGCGAAAAUCUUCACAAUUAGGGAACUAUAAUAACAUACGUAACAUGCCAUCCGGAUACAGAGCGGUAGCUAACACCCCUGCAACCCAUUCAGAACUAGAUAUUGAUCAAACUAGUGUAACAUGGUCUGCACAAAACAAGCAACCGAUUGGAGUCUAUAUUUCUACAAAGCAUAGAAAAUCUGGAAAUAGAUUAAAGUUAAGUGCAGCUGGAAGCAGUUUGCUCACCCGAACAUCUGAUUUCCCGGGAGAAUCAAGAGCUACUUCCAGGGUAGCGUCAGAAUCUAGGGAAGCCAUGUUCCGAAGAGCAAUGGCACUUUUGUCGGCUCGAUGCACUAGCGUGCUCGGGUCACAAACCGUGGAAACUCCAUUCGGAACCGUAAAACAACCUACAUUCGGAAUACAGGUACCACAGUAUUUCUACAUCAAGCAGGAGAAACCACGACCAAUGCCUCCUUUAAAAGCCUGGCAAGGAUAUAAUGGCAACGUUUACUUUGAACCUAUAUCAAUUGCUGGAAUGCCGAAUGAUGUUUUAAUGCCAAAGAGUGGCAAAUCCCGUGGUUCUCAUGUCAAUGAUCAAAUAAAUAGAAUGACACCAGGACAAAAGAGACCAAUGACAGAACCUAACAGAUCUCCAGAUAGCAGUAGUAACAGCAGAUCUAUUUCUCGUAAUACAGGAAAGAGUAACAAUUCAAAGAACCGACCAUCAACUCGGCAGAUGGCGCUAUUAGACAAACGGACUGUUCUGAACAGAUUCAAUACUUCUUUAGAUGACGAUAUCACGUUGAUAGAAACAACAGAAACAACCGGAAGUCUGGCUGUAAGACCAAAAAGUGACAAUAUAAUUGAUUACAAAACCAGACAUGAUCAGAUGUAUAACAGAGAAAGAAUAUGCAAAGGAUCUGUAGCACAUAAACAAUAUAUUGCUAAAAUGCAAGGAAAUAGGCCUUCUUUGAAAGUAAGUGGCGGGAAGUAUUCAACCCCAGCGGUUACUUCUCCUCUACUACGCACACAAACACAGUAUUCCUUAAGUAAUAAUCGGCUAACGACGAAUAGUCCAGAUUUAUAUGCAGCUCAACUUCCUCCUUUAGAACAGCUUCGAAAUUCAGUUCGUCAUAUGGACAACACAAACGAAAAACAAAGCUAUGGACGAGCUCGGCCAGUAACGAACGAUAUUAAACCUUUCAUCAAAUAUAGUCCAGAUAUCAAAAUCAAGCAACCAGCUGUUAAUUAUGUGUAGUUACGUUUCUUUUGGUCGUGUAUUAGUGCUGUAUUUAACUAGUAAUACUCGGAUGUAUGCGUAAACGUGCAGUAUACAUAUAAUAAUCGAAGAAAAAAUCGUUGUUCUUGGAUUUCAUAUCGGACAUUACAUACCUUUUUAAGCAAUGUAAGUACAUUUAAAAGCGUAUGAUGAAGGAUUUCUAAGGUAUCAUUUGAGUAUAUUAAAGCUCACAUAACUUCAUAAAUGUGCCAAACUGAAGUUUCGAACUUACAUGCAGACCAUUAUUGCUUAACUGAAGGUUAUCGAAUAUUCAUACAGUAAUUUAAACAACAUAAUUUCCGGAAGUAAUUCGUGUUUAUUAUUUCAAUUCUAAUAUGGAUGUCAGUCUUUCACUCUGUUUCACGUGUACAUUGUAGUGCUAUGGAUCGUUUUUUGUUUUCGCUGGUGUUUCGUUAUUUCGCAACAAAAAUGUUCAUCUAGAGUGUAAAAUUUGGUGUAAAUUCUGUUAUAUAACGGCCUCUUCAGUAUUACUUAUAAUAGUCGGUAUAAGUUUAUUGUGGUGAUUUUGUAAAAAAGUAAUUGGAAGCUUUGAAAGGACUUGAAAUGUGCAACUUUCGAUUUGAAUCUUCCUUUUUGAUUGUGAAAUCUUUAAGGUAUUUUCCAAUGCAAUAUCAUGAAUGAAUUACCAAGCAGUUCGGAAUUCAAAUAACGAAUUGUUGAAUCAGAAUUAUAAGAUAUCAGAGCACCUGGAAAAUAAACAUUUUACUUCGUAGAUUAUAAAUCUGUUGACAAGAUAUAAGUUACAGGAAAAGAAAAUCUUUUAGUUCGUAGAUUAUGAAGUAUAAAAAAAAAUAGGUAAAAACUUUGGUAAGGAAGAUUCAGACAGUAUAACAAUCGUUAGUGGCAAGAUAUCUUAAAACGAAACACAGGCACUUAUGGAUGAUAGGAGAAGUCGAAGUCUGUAUUUUAUUGAUACAAGAGCCUGUGAUAUAUACCAAUACAUUAAAUAGCUACAUACUUUUCGCUUUUAAGAUUUCGUUGAUCAUUUACUAUCAUAAAAUACUUAUUUUAUCUAACGUCAUCCUUGUGCAUUAGAAAAUAACCUUUAAAAUGUUCUGCUUAAAACAGUUGCCUUUACUUUUACACAGUUGCCUUUUCCGGUUUCAAAUUAAGUGUCAUUAUUUUCAUACUCUCCAUUAAAAGUUUAAAUUAUUAACCUAAAAUAGAGUUGACGUUAGAUAUGAAUAUUAUAACUUAGGAUAGAUGUAGCAAAAUUGUAUAGGUUUAUUUCCGUGAGAAUUGUUACAGAUCAAGUAUUGGGACCAUAGUCGUUUUAGAUCUCAUUACAGUGUUAAAUUCUGAAUAUGUAAUUUAAAAAAGGGAGCAAAAGAUCCCCUAUUGGGGGAUUGGGUCAAUUAAAAACUAUAGUCCAAGACCGGCUGACAACACCUUUGUUUAAACGUGUACAAAUAUUUUAAGAAUGUGUCAAUUAUUUUCAUAGCGUUCCCAAAUAUCACAAUAACAGGACGCAAAUUUAACUUGGCGAUGUUUAUUGUGUUGUAUGAAUUUAGAGAAGAAUAAUUUGUACUUUUUAAAAUAAUGAUAAUUUUGAAAAAUAAUUUAAUACCUUAGUAUUGUAAAAAUCGGUGACUAUCUCGGUUUGUAUUUAGUUGGUACAAUGUGUUUCAUUUGUACUGCCGUAGGGUAUUAUGUUGCCAAUAGUAUUCAAAUAUAUACCGGUUAAUCACAUCUGUCGUAACUCUUCUGCAAGUCAUAUAUUGAAGGAUGCAUACCAGCAUCUAUUGUCUUUGAAGUAGCAUAUCUGUGAUAUUUACCCGUAAAUUGUGUGUGCAUUGCAUCUGUUUUCUUAUGAAAAUUGUAAUUAUGUAUGAAACCUAAAUUAAUAAAAAAUUAUGUAGAAAC